GCUUGGGCGUGUUCUGAAUCGGAAAUACUCUCAAAAUAGUAUUCAGGAAGAAGAAGGAGGAUCUCGCGGAGAACCAAAAAUGGCGGGCGAUGAUAACAGAGAUCGCGGUAACGGAGAGCCGCUGCUGAAGAAUCGAUACUAUAAGAACUGCCCGGGCUGUGAGGUGGACCGAGCCAAAGAACUGAACCAAGGAUCACCGGUAAAGCAUCUUCUCAACAUAUGGAUGCUUACUAUGUGCACUACGCUGCCUAUAUCAUGUAUCUUUCCAUUCAUUUAUUUCAUGGUAAGAGAUUUUGGUAUUGCAGAAACGGAGGCAGACAUUGGUUCCUAUGCUGGUUAUGUGGGUUCUUCAUUUAUGCUUGGCAGAGGAUUGACAUCUGUAGCUUGGGGAAUAGUGGCUGAUCGAUAUGGUCGAAAGUAUACUAUACUCAUAGGAACUGUUGCAGUCAUUGUGUUUAACACGCUAUUUGGCUUAUGUACGAGUUUUUGGAUGGCUGUUAUUACGAGAUUCCUUCUUGGAGGCUUGAAUGGUUCACUUGGAACAAUCAUGGCUUAUUGCACUGAAAUUCUUCCAGAAGAAUACCAAGCUACAGGACUCGCAACUUACAGCUCAGCUUGGGGCAUAGCCUUAGUCAUUGGUCCAGCAUUAGGAGGCUAUUUGGCUCAGGAGCACACCUAUCAAACGUGGAUCAAUUCUCCUUCUAAUAAUUUGGGAAUUUUGGUAUUGCAGCCAGUAGAGAAAUAUCCACAUAUAUUUCCAAAAGGAUCCUUAUUUGAUAAGUUUCCAUACUUCCUGCCCUGCUUUGUAAUAUCAGCCUUUGCACUUGCUGUAUUAGUUGCGUGCAUCUGGCUCCCGGAAACAUUGCACAAACACAAUGUUAGCAAUGAGUCCAAUAAGGAUGCGGAGGCUUUUGAAAAUGAAAUCACGGAGAAAACAGUUCAGAAAGAUGAAAACCUCUUCCUGAAUUGGCCCCUCAUGUCAUCAAUCAUUGUUUAUUGUGUUUUCUCACUGCAUGAUAUAACCUAUGCAGAGGUUUUCUCAUUAUGGGCUGUCAGUCCUUUAGAGCUGGGGGGUUUAAAUUUUACAACGGAUGAUGUCGGCAAUGUUCUUUCAAUAUCAGGAUUUGCUCUUUUGCUUUACCAAAUCUUCCUUUAUCCGACUAUGGAGAAAGUAUGUGGAACCAUUAAUCUUGCUCGCAUAGCAGCGGCUUUAACCAUACCUCUCUUGCAAAGUUACCCUUUCAUAGCGAUGCUAUCUGGCUUUCCACUGCACCUAGUGAUAACUAUUGCUUCAGUCCUUAUGUUAUGUAUCCCUGCAAUAAUUGAUACCUGUUUAUUCCUUUUGCAAAAUAGAGCAGUGGAACAACACCAAAGGGGAGCAGCUAAUGGUAUUGCUAUGACAGCUAUGUCACUCUUCAAAGCAGGUGGCCCUGCUUUAGGUGGUGUAGUAUUAAGUUGGUCACAAAAGCGGUUAAAUGCUUCUUUCCUCCCAGGCACAAAUUUGGUGUUUUUUAUGCUGAACCUAGUAGAAGCACUUGGAGUUCUGAUGAUGUUCAAACCAUUCCUGGCUGAGAGAAAAGAACAGUUACAAUGAUGUCAAUAAAUGUUUAAACGUGAAGUGAUGAAGCAAUCAUCAGUUAUGAGAUAUUUUUGUGAGGGGAUGCUAUUGGCUGAUUGAUAUGAGCAAUAUAAUAUAUAUAUUGACUCUCUCUCUCUCUCUCUCUC